AUGGCUGAAAAGGAAAAAGAACAAAAUUUCACUAAGAAUAUUUUUAGUGACGACGAAAGUGAUGUUGACAAAGAAAUGAUUAAAAACAAUAAAAGGAAAAACGAUAAUAAUAAUGAUGAUAUAAGUGAACAUGAUGCAAAAAAUAUAGAAAUGUCAAGGAAAAGAAAAAAAAUAAAUAAUACAAACACAAAUAUAAAUAAGGAAGGGCAAGAAGAUAAUGAACAUAACCAUUUUGAUGAUAAUAAUGAUGAGGAGGAACAUGAAGAAGAAGCUGAAGAAGAUAUUGAAGGACGUGAAGAAGAAGAUGAUGAUGAUGAUGAUGGAGAUGACGGCGAAGAAGAAGAUUAUGAAGAUGAAGAAGAUGAAAAUUUAUUAUACGAAAAUAGUACUUAUAAUAAUAAUAAAGAUAUGAUUGAAAGUGGAUCAAAAAAAAGAAGAAUAGGAAAAAAUAAAUAUUUAUCAACCUUUUUAGAUACAGAAGCACAAGUUGGAGAUGAUGAUGAAGAAGAAGAAUAUGAAAGUUCGUACAUUGAUGAAUUUGAAGAAGCAAAAAGAUUAGAAAAGAAAAAAUUAUAUGAACAAAAAUUAAAAAGUGGAACAAAUCAUUUAGCACAAGCAAUUAAUAAAUUAUCCAAAAGAUAUGAAAAUGAAAAAGAAGUUAAAGAAGAUGAUAUAUUAACAGACGGAGAAACAUUAACAGAUGGUGAAAUAUUAGGAGAUGAUUAUUCUGAUGAAAGAAGAGAACGAUUACAAACUAUUGAUAGUCCGAAAAUGUGGUUAAUAAAAUUAUUUAAAAAUAAUGUAGAAAGAAAUUUAGCUAUAGGAAUUUAUCAUAAGUUUAUGAAAUUAAAAGAUAAUGAUUUUAAUAUUAAAGGUAUAUAUGUUUCUGAUAAUUUAAAAGGUUAUAUAUAUAUAGAAGCAGAUAGUUUAUAUAUGUUAAAAAAAUUUUUAUUAGGAUUCAAAUUUAUUAAUCUUAAUGAAAUAUCGAUAGUCCCAAUACAAGAAUUGACUUCUAUAUUUACUAUGUGCCAUUCAAAAAUUAAUAUACCCAAAGUUAAUGAAUAUGUUAGGAUAAAAAGAGGAUUAUAUAUAAAUGAUAUUGGACAAAUAUAUGAAAUUCAUGAAAAAGGUAUAUAUGCGAUUGUUCGUUUAAUACCUAGAAUUACCUAUGAACAUUUUAUGAAUGCAAAAAAAAGUAAAUAUUAUAAUCAGAAAUCAUCUUUAAAUAAAUUAACAUCUAUAAUUGAUAAAAAUAAUAAAAGCAAUUCUUAUUAUUUUAAUGAUAAAUUAGAUAUGAAUAGAAGUUCCAAUUUUUCAAAAUAUCCAAAUGAUGAUAUGUCAAAUGGAUAUAUGUCAAAUGGAUAUGCAUCAAAUGGUUAUGCAUCAAAUGGAUAUGCAUCAAAUGAAUAUUUAUCAAAUGCUUAUGCAUCAAAUGAAGAUAUGGGAAAUGGUUAUAUAAAUGAUGAUUAUUUAACAAAUGUACAUGAUGAAGAAAACUUAAAAAAAAAAACAAAACAAAAAAAAAAAAAAGAUUCUUUAGAUGAAGCAUUACAAUUAAGAAAGAAAAAAAAAGAAAGACCACUUCAAAAAUUAUUUGAUAGAGAUGAAAUUGAACGUAUUGGUGGUGUUAUUGAAACAGGUCCUUAUCCAAGAACUAUCAAAUAUCAAAAUAAUAUUUUUGAAGAAAAUGGUUAUAUAUUAAAAAAAAUGAAUAUCAAAUAUCUCAUUACAGAAAAUGCAAAUAUCACUUUAACAGAAAUAAGAGAAUUUAAUAAAAAUAAUGGUAUGGCAGGUGAAAAAGCUACCUUAGGUAUUACCAAAUCUUUUAUAAAUAAAAAUUCUCUACAUUUAUUUAAAAAAGAUGAAAGAGUCAAAAUUUUAAAAGGAGAAUUAUGUAAUUUAAUAGGUACCAUAACUGCAGUUAAUGAUAAUGUUUUAACUAUAAAUCCAGAUAAUUUAGCAAAACAAUUUAAAUUCUUACCUAGUGAUGUAACCAAAUAUUUUAUUGAAGGAGAUAAUGUUACAGUUAUUAAUGGGUUACAUAAAGGAAAAAGUGGUUUAAUUUCCCUUAUAGAUUAUAAAGAAAAUGUUGCACUCAUAUUUUCUCCAUCUUUAAAUACAGAAUUAAGAUGUUCUAUACAAGAUUUAUCUUUAUCUAUUAAUAAUAGUGAAGGGUUAGGAGGUGUACAUACCCUAAAUGGAUUUUCAGUAGGUGAUUUAAUUGAAUUAAAUGAUAGACAAAUAGGUGUCUUAACAUAUAUUGAUAAGAAUAAACAUAUACGUGUAUUAACAAAUAAUAAUACAACUUUACAUACAACCAUAGGUUGUAUAACAUCAAAACGUUCAGCCGUAGGACAAGUAGGUCGAGAUGAAAAUAAUAAUAUUGUUCAAUCAAGAGAUAAUAUACAAAUUGUACGUGGGGCACAUAGGAAUAAAGUAGCAGUAAUUAUGUAUAUAUGGAAAAAUAAAAUUUUUGGUAAAAUAAAUAAAAAAAUUGAAGAUAAUGGUUUUGUUGUUUUAGAAUGUCAAAAUUGUUCUUUAGUAGGAAAUCCAGCUGAAAAAAAAAAAAUUAUAACAAAUAAUAAUUUAUUUAGAAGUAAUACAAAUUAUUUACGAAAAAAUAAUAAUUUCAAUUCAUUUAUUGGGAAAACAGUAAAAAUAUUAACAGGUGUAUAUAAAGGCUUAUUAGCAGAUGUUAUAGAUGCUGAAAGAGAUGAAUUUACAUUAUUAUUAAAAAUCAAACCUAAAACAGUAAGACAAAAAAGAAUAGAAUGUGCUAUAUCAGAUUCAUAUAAAGAUCAAAAUGCAUGUGAAGAAAAUGAUGAAAUGGAUAUAGAAAAUAAAAAUAAAUUAAAACCAUUACAAAUGUUUCAAUUGUCAGAUCAAAAAAAAAAUAAAUUCCAUGAUUCUUUUUAUAAUCCAAGAGAAAAAAAAAGUUUUGAUAAAUUACCUCCCAAACAUUUUUCAAUAGAUAGUACAAAUAAUCAACGAAAUUAUUAUAAUUACGGAGAUAAAUGGAGUUAUGCAAAUAAUAACAAUAAUAAUAAUAAUAAUAAUAAUAAUAAUAUGAAUGGAAAUGUAUAUACAUCUCCUCAUAAAUAUAGUCAUAAUGAUAAUAGGCAUAAUCAUUAUGAUAAUAGGUAUAAUCAUCAUGAUAAUAGAUAUAAUCAUCAUGAUAAUAGAUAUAAUCACCAUGAUAAUAGAUAUAAUCAUCAUGAUAAUAGAUAUAAUCAUCAUGAUAAUAGAUAUAAUAAUAAAGAUAAUCCAGAUUUUAAAAAAAAGGAUUAUAAAAGUAAUAAUAAUCAUUAUGAAGAUGAUUAUCUUAAAAAAAAACAUAGCAUCAAUAAUUUUAGGGAUUCAUCAAAUAAUAUAAAACAUGAAGAGCAUAAAAAUUAUGUAACCCAUAUUGGUGAAGAAAAUAAAAAGCAUCAUAAUAAAUACGAAACGAAAAAAGAAUAUAAUAAUAUAAUACCAAAUAAAAUAAAUAACAAUGAUCAAAAAGAAGAAAGUCCUAUAUGGUUACAUAUAGAUAUUAUGGUAAAGGUUAUAACACCAGGACCAUUUUAUAAUGAAAUAGGUAAAAUUAUUGAUGUUAUAACAAAAAAUGCAUAUACUAUUUUAAAAAUACAAACUGAUAAAACAACAUUUAAUAUAGUAGCAGAUGCAGUUGUUCCUUUAAAACCUCAGAAAAAAAAUGAUCAUAUUUUAAUUUUUGAUAAAGGAGAGAAAAUUGAAGGAACAGUUCAAGAUAUUAAAAUUAAUGAGGUUCAUGCUAAUACUGCCUCUGGACUGCUUACAUGUCAUUUAAAAAAUACUUUUUUAUAUAAAAAUUAUAUACCAUAA